AUGAACAGUAACGUGCAUCGAAAAUAUGUUCUAGAACUUGUAGCUAAAUAUCGGGAAACUGGGUCAGUCGACAAUAAAAAACGCAACAUUGAAAAUCCGAUAAGGAACGAAGCAAUAGAAGUGGGGGUUUUAGGGCAAGUUUAUGUAGAUCCUACGUUAAGUACCCGCAAAUUGGAGACUGUGUGUGGUGUUACUCGACGUACUGUCCAACGGAUUCUAAAGGCCCAUAGCUUUCAUCCGUAUAAAAUUCACCUGGUACAAGAACUUAAUGAAGACGAUUUUGAUCGGCGAUUACAAUUUUGUGAAGAUAUGAUCAUUAGAAAAAUGGAACUCAACCGAGAACAUUUACGCGCCAUAAUUUAUUACAACUUUCAGAGACAAUUAUCGCAACAAGAAUGCCUUGCUGAGUUACUUCUUAGUGACGAUCCCAGGGUGGGUGCACCAAAAACGGCAGUCACCCAGGAAAACGUCGAUGCUGUGCGCAAACUCAUCAUUGAAGAUAGACGUGUGUCAUAUCGCGAGAUUGAGGCGUCCUUGAAGAACUCAAAGACCUCAAUUCAAACAAUUUUACAUGAAGAAUUAGGAGUAAGAAAAUUAGUUUCUAGUUGGAUACCCCACCUGUCGACUGAAGAGCAGAAAGCAGCCAGGGUUAAUUGGUGUCAAAAAAAGCUUGUUGGAAACUCAAAAAAUGUGUACAGCAUUGUUAGUGGUGAUGAAUCGUGGAUUUACUGUUAUGAACCAGAAAAUAAACGACAGUCGGCUGUUUGGGUGGUCGCGACAUUUCUGUCAAAAGCGUGUCAUAUUGCAACAAUUCCUCUUAAUGAGCAAAGAACUGUUACUGCGGAUUGGUAUACCACCAUUUGUUUGCCGAAAGUCAUCACCGAGCUUCGAAAAAUCAACCCCGAAAGAAGAAUCAUCCUCCACCAAUACAAUGCAAGCUCGCACACAGCCCAAAAAACAAGGCAGUAUUUAACGGAAGAAAACGUGGAAUUAUUGGACCAUCCUCCAUAUAGUCCCGAUCUAAGUCCUAACGAUUUCUUUACUUUCCCGAAAAUUAAAAACAGACUGCGUGGUCAAAGGUUCCAGUCACCAGAAGAAGCAGUUGACGCAUUCAAAAAUGCCGUUUUGGAUCUGCCAGCAAACGAGUGGAAUAAGUGCUUCGAAGCGCAUGCAGAUAACAAAGCUUCUGGAACAUCCAGAACAGGCCGAUACGACCGCUCCUUUUGGUGCAGACAACGGUCACUCUGGGAUCAGGAAUGGAACAGUAUUGUCUUUAGUGACGAGUCUCGAUUUUGUUUAGGCAUGCACGAUGGUCGUGCCAGGGUUAGAAGGCGACGUGGCGAAAGUAGGAAUCCACAGUUUUUUGUUGAAAGACAUGUUCAUCACACUGUUGGAGUUAUGGUUUGGGGUGCUAUAGCUUAUGAUUCCAGGUCACCUUUAAUCUUCAUCAGAGGUAACAUGAACGCGCAGCAUAAUGCCCGACCACAUGUUGCAAGAGUCACAAUAGACUUCUUUCAACAUAAUGAUAUCUCCCCAAUUGAGCACGUGUUGGAUAUGAUGGGUAGGAGAUUGCUCAAUUUGCAACGCCAUCCUCAGACUCUAGAAGCACUUCGAGAGGAGUUGGUGGUUGCCUGGAAUGAGCUACCACAGGAGGACAUUGACCACCUGAUCAGAAGCAUGCCUAGGCGCGUUGGAGAAUGCGUAGCACAUCAGGGUGCAUCCACACAUUAUUAA